UGUUAUUAUGAAAAUGUCCAGGUGUCUCUAUAUUGUCAUUUUCUGGUCAUUAUCGAUGGUGAAUACAUUUCCAAGGAGAAAUUACCAUCUCCAAGUGCCCAUCGAGGUGAAUCCCAUAAUUCCAGAUAUAGUUAAGCAUUCAUCUGAUGAACUUGAGAUACUCAGGGCAACAGAACAGGACCCAGAAGUGCGGCCAGGGCUGUUCCAGGGGGAUAUUAUGAUGACGAAUGAGGUGUUUAAUCACUGGCGUGUUGGCCUCCGUUGGGACCGUUUUCCUGAAAAAUUAUGGGACAAUCGAACGGUGCCCUACGUCAUCAGCCCCUUGUAUAGUCCUGAAGAUUACAUCACAAUUUAUAAAGCCAUAUCUUACUUGAACUACAUGACCUGCAUUCAUUUCGUUCCUUGGGAUGAAAAGGCCAAGGAUUUCGUGCUCAUCUGGCCCAUUAAAUACCCCAAAGGGUGCUGGUCAUUUGUAGGAAAAUUCGGUGGUGGACAAGUGCUGUCUUUACAACCCACGGAUGAGCGUGGACCAAAUUGCCUUGGGAAUGAGGGCAGAGCCGUUCAUGAGCUAUUACAUACGCUUGGAAUUUUUCACGAGCAGAGUAGGGCUGAUCGUGACACUUUCGUUACUAUUCGCCAGGAAAAUAUCCUCUCAAAUUUCUUAGUUAAUUUCGACAAGCAGUCCCUGGAGAAUACCACCUACAGCUACGAGUAUGAUUACAACAGUAUUAUGCACUAUGGUAGCAAUUAUUUCAGUAAAAAUCCGCAUAAGCCGACCAUAGUUCCAACAAUGCAAGGCGCCGUUGUUGGACAAAGAAAAGCAUUAUCCAAGACAGAUUGUCUGAAAGUCAAUGAACUCUACGGAUGCCUGGAUAAUUCCUUCGAGGCGAGAAGAUGGCAUAAUGUGUGUAAUAUCCUUGGCCUGUGA